GAAUGCCCCUUGAUAGCUUUCUUUGGUCAGGAGUACCUCCUGCCAUAGGAACAGAGCAGGAAAGCAUGAAUGUGGUUGAAUGCUGUCAGUAGGAAAAUGUCAAGUUUUCUGAAUCAACCAGGAGCAGCCCUUAGUGCCUUGAAAAGAAGGAAAGAACCUCAGUGUCUAGUAUGUGACAUUCACGAGUGGCCUUGGGCCAAGAUUUUCUGUCCCCUUCUUCCUCUUCUCUCUCUCCCCUCCCCUUCCCCUCUCUCUUCUCUCUUCCCUCCUCUUCCUUCCCCUUUUUCUCCCCUCCUCCUCUUUUCCUCCCCUUUCUGUCUCCCCUCUUCUUCCCUUCCCUUUCCCUCCCUCUUACCCCUCCCUUUCCCCUUUCUCCUCUCUACCCUCCUCCUUCCCCUCCCUUUCUCUCUCCCCUUCUCUUCCCUUCCCCUCCACCUCUCACUAGCCCUCUUCUCCUUCCCUUUUCUUUAUUUUUAUUUGUUUAUGUUUUGAGAUAAGGUAGAUUGGAGGGUUACUUCUAAUCAUACUGCUUCCAUGUCCUGAGUGCUGGAAUUACAGCUCUGCUACUGUGCUUAGUCUAUGUGGUGCUGGGAUUGGAAUUCAGGGCUUUGUGGAUGCUGGGCGAACACUCUACCAAUAUAGUUCAACAAGGCUGAACUAUAGCUAUGGCUUUAUUUUUUUUAAUGUCAACUGAAAAUUACAAUAGCUUCAAAGUCCUCUUGUCAGCUUCCAAGUCUUUCAUAGGUGAUUCUGGAGAUCCUCUGUACAUGAAGCUGGGGAGAUGGAGUGACAUUUACUAGCAGUCCAAAGCCCUUCCUCUGCAAUCCAGGAUAUAAAUGAUCUUUGAAUAACAUUUUUGGGUUACUUUGGAAAGACCUCAGAAGUUCUACUGCUAGAUUUCCCAUUAGGGAUGCCUUUGGCUGCACACAGCAAGUAGUGGAUUAAACAUCACAGCUUGUCCACAGGCGAAGUCCAGAGGACAGCAGGCCGAAUGGGUACUCAGUUCUGCUGGAGCAAGAGCUGUAUGUUGGCAAUGCCCACUCCUUGUUACACUGACCGAAAGGACGGACAGAGAACUUGUUUGGGCCAGCAUUCUGCUUCUCUGCAUCAGCAGUGUGCUUCGUCUGAUGCUUACUUUGGGCAGGGGUUGAUAUGUUUUCUUUGUGGCCUGUGUGGGAAAUUUGCCUCCCUUGACCUCAUCUUGGUUGAAGCCCCAGCUGGAGGCUCCUCAUACACUGAAACUCAGCACAGGCAUCCUGAGGACAGAUGUGUGGGGGCUGCCUGGAGUCCCUGUCUGUCAUUAGCACCUAUGUGCUGGUUCCUCACCCAGGGCUUCAGUCUUUUCAUAUUUACAGUGGGACCAACAGUAGUCACAACCUUUGGAGAGGGUAGAAAAGGAGUGUUGGCUUAGCACAUGAAGAUCACUUGGAGCAAUGACUCGGUAUAGAGCAAUCCACACUGGCUGUCAUAGGGAUGCCCUCAGGGCCUGGCUUGUGAUAGUUGCCCGGGAGUCCAGAGAGAUGUGCUGCUUAGCUGCAUGGAGCUGAGUUUCUGCAGGAAGUGUCAUAAAAGUCAGAAAACAAUAUUUUGCUCAGAAAAACUCUAUUAAGAAAGAUGGAAAUGGGAGUAUGGUUGUGGAGUCGUGGCUCUGAAAUCUGGAUCCAUCCGCCCUGGGCGCCGGGCGGGCAGGUUCGGUGAUGGCUCCCACAAAGAAGGGUGGCAAGAAGAAGAAGGGCCGUUCUGCCAUCAACGAGGUGGUGACCCGAGAAUCCACCAUCAACAUUCACAAGUGCAUCCAUGGAGUGGGCUUCAAGAAGUGUGCUCCUCGGGCACUCAAAGAAAUUCAGAAAUUUGCCAUGAAGGAGAUGUGGACUCCAGAUGUGCGCGUAGACACCAGGCUCAAUAAAGCCGUCUGGGCCAAGGGAAUAAGGAAUGUUCCGUACCGCAUCCGAGUACGUUUGUCCAGAAAGCGUAAUGAGGAUGAGGAUUCACCAAACAAGCUCUACACACUGGCAACUAACGUGCCUGUUACCACAGUCAAAAAUCUAUAGAUGGUCAAUGUGGAUGAGAACUAACUGCUGAAUGUCAAAUAAAGUUACAGAAUUGCCAAAAAAAAAAAAAAAAAGGAAGAUGGAAAUGCCAGGGCCAAAUCCUGAGUCUAACCCUUUUCUCAGAAAGGCUUCUCUUCCUGAAGUUUGCUCAAAACUGCUUGCUGAGUGGGUAGGCACAAGCAGACAACUUUGUCAUCCCUGAGGGGUGUGUGAGUAUGUGCAUGUGAGUGCAUGUGUGUCUAUAUGUUUGUGUGUGUGUGUGUGUGUGUGUGUGUGUGUGUGUGUGUGUGUGUGCAUGCCUGUGAGGGAGCACAUGCAUCCCCUGGUGCAUGUGCAGAGUCAGUAGGCAACCACAGGGCCUUGUUGGUUCCCUUAUGUUUCAGUGUGGGUGCUGGGGAUUGAACUCAGGUUGUCAGGUUUGGCAGCUCGUGCUUUUAUCCACUGAGCCGUCUUGCUGGCACCUAGGGAUCACAGUUAAUGUUCCAGAAAUACAUUAGUGUCUACUCUGAGCAUGCAGUUUUGCUUUAAGGCCACACAGGAAAAGCAGAUGUGUCAAAACAAAACAAAACCUAAUACAGCAGCAGAAAACAAGACCUGGUGUCUGCUGUGACCCUUGUCUCUGUCACACACUCCUGUAGCAGACUUCCCAAGGUUGUCACACUGCUGCUUUGAGAGGACCAAAGCCCGAGCUCUUUCCUCUCUUGGCAGUGGUGCUUUGGCUAUCGCCUCUCAGUGAUGAAUAUGUCCUCGUGGUCACUGAACUUACUCAGCAUGUCUAUCUACGCAAGAUUACAAACGAGGAACAAAGGCAAGACAUAAAAAGUGCUCAGGUAGACUGAUGUCAGUGGCUUACCCAGCUGGGCUUCGAAAGGACACCAAAGCCAGACACACUCAAUUCCAAAAUCUACAUAUAUCACAAAGUGAGGCCAGGGCCAUCAGGAAAGGGACAAGGGAAGGUGCUCCCAGAGUCAAGAUUACAGACCAUCAGAUGCAAAGGAAGUGACUUGACCCUGGCUAGGUGAUGCUGUGGAUUCUUCUGGUAUCACGUUCUUAUCUGUCCCCAGACAAGGAAGGCUGAAAGGACGAGGGGUAACUUAACAGAUGAUACUGUGUAAAAACCCUCCCCUAAUACCUAAAACAAGCAUAGCCAGCUAAGAGCCUUGACAUUCAAGAAGCGGCGGAGGAUAAGAACUGCAAACAGCUGUUUCUCACGUGGCUAUUGACAGGAAAUCUUGGUUGGAACCAGUAAAAGCUCGCCGUGGCAGUGUGGGAGAGCAGCUGCAGUUCUUUGCUCUGAGAGAAGAAAGUGUGUAUGUGUGUGUGUGUGUCUGUGUGUGUGUGUGUGUGUGUGUGUGUGUGUGUGUGUGUUCAACUGUGGCACCUAGUGUAUUCCUUAUGUUGCUCUGAUCUCUGUCCCUAAUGAAUGAGUUGCUCUUUUUGUUCCAUGGCUGCCUUGAUCUGUAUAUUGAAAGGCAGUGAUGGGGGAAGAGACAAGUUAUGCAUGGCCCAGCUGCUCUUUGCUGCUUAUUAGAUGCUGAGCAACUUAGUACUGCAUUAUCUUUAGGAACCACAAGUCUGUGAAAGCUAGGCAGUAUACGUGUGGCAUUUGUGAAUGUGUGUGUGCGUGUGUCUGUGUGUGUGUGCAUGUGCGCGCAUGCAUGCAUGUGCAAGUGCACGUUGCCCAUGUGUUCUCAUGCAGACUGGAGAAAGACAUCAAGUGUCUUACCCAGUCUCUCUUUACCUUAGUUUUUGAUACAGGGGUUCUCAGUGAAUUUGAAGCUUGCUAAUUAAUUAAUCUAGACCAGCAUUUCUCAACCUGUGGGUUGCAACUCCUUUGAGGGUCAAACGACCCUCUCACAAGGUCACAAGUCAGAUAUCCUGCAUAUCAGAUAUUAUAUUACGAUUCAUAACAGUAGCAAAAUUACAGCUGUGAAGUAACAAUGAAAGCAAUUUUAUGGUAGGACGUCACCGCAGCAUGAGAGAUGUGUUAAAGGAUCAUAGCAUUCGCAAGUCUGAGAGCCAGCAAAUUCCAGUGUCCACUGUUUCCGCCAGCAGUGCUGAGGCUACCAGCCUGGGCCACUGUGCUUGAAUUUUUUUUGUUUGUUUUGUUUUGUUUUGUUUUGUUUUUUUUAAUUCGGGUUCUGGAGAUUGAACUCAGGGCUUCCCAAUGGGCCCAAGCAGCCCUCAAUAGUUAUUUUUAAGCAAGCUUUUUGUCUUGCAGUAGUUUCAGAUUGGCAGAGAUGUCGCACAGACAGUGCAGAGUUCUAGCAUGCCCCACAUCUACUUUCCCCAUCACAAAGAUCUUCCAUUGCUAGGGUGAUGCAAAUGAAGCAAUCGAUUUUGUCAAGAUGUAGUUAACCACAUUUCUUAUUGUAUUUGGACUUACUCAGUGUUUCCGAGAGUAUAGUCCGUGCUCCACUUCAUGUCCAUGAUGCUGUGAUGCAUGGAAUUAUCAUCGACCAUUAGUCUCUUCAGGUCUGUGACAGUUGGUCAAUGUUUGUCUUAUUUUCAUGUUCUUUCCAGCUUUGUAGAUGACUCCCCCACUAUUUUAGUAGUGUAUCUUUACAUGUUUGUAGUCUGAGGUUAGUGUCAGCUCUCAGCUUCAUUGGAUUGAGAGCCAUCUAGCACAACCCUGGGUUUAUCUGUAAUAAACCAGGAGGGCUCUGACAUCAUGCAUGGAUUAAUGCACUGAUGGAUUCAAAUGUAAAUAGAAUUAAUAGUCUUUAAUAAGGAUUGGGAUGGCAAAAGAGUGAAGUCCCCAGUGUGUGUCAUUGGGAACUAUAUCUUGCUCUGUCCUUGUUACUAUCUGUUACCUAUCUAUUAUAAGUGGCCUUUUCUUUCUGCUUUCUGGACACCAUGGUCUGAGCUUCUUUGGUCUGCCAUGCCCUCCUCAUUAUAAUGGAUGGAGCCCUCUGAAACUGUGAGCUGGAUACAUAUUGUCUCCUGUCUUAGUAGGGUUACUACUGCCUCAGUGAAACAGCAUGACCAAAAAGUAGGGUGGAGAGGAGAGGACUGACUUGGCUUACACCUCCAUCUUCUUCAUCACGGAAGGAAGUCUGGGGAGGAAUUGAUGCAUGGCAGAGCCUAGAGGCAGGAGAAGAUGUAGAGGUUAUAAAGGGGAACUGCUUAUAGGCUUGCUCUCCCUGUUUUCUUAUAGAACUCAGGACCACUAGCUUAGGGACAGCCCCACUCACAUUCUGGGCUCUCCCCCAUUAAUCAGUAAUUAAGAAAAUGCCUUACAACUAGAUCUUAUGGAGUCAUCGUCUUGAUUAAGGUUUCCUCUUCUCAAAUAACUCUAGUUUGUAUGUCAACUUGACAUGAGACCAUUUUGACUUCAGACUCCAUUUUGCCUAUUCAGACCUACUCUCUCUCUAAUCAACACUAUUUCCCCCAAACAUACCUGUUACCAACCCCUCUCUAAGCAACACUAAUUACUCAAAACAUAAUGCCUGUUCCUAACAACAGAAAGGACAAACGAAUUUGAUUGGUUGAGCAAAAACACUUACAUUCAAUGUCAGUUGACAAUGAUGGAACCCUUGGGAAAGUCCCUAAUCCCUGAGUUCUGAUUGGUGAAAAUUAUAACCGUAACUUGGCUCAGAUGCUUGCAGGUUUUAGGCUUAGAAACCCUGCUUCAGCCCCUGCUUAGGGCUGCCAGAAGAGCAGGGUUCCUGAGUCCUUGUCUGGCUGCCAUGGUCAAUCGGUGACUGCCUAUGGUAGUGAUUUUGCAGUUUCACAAGCCCACUGGUGCUCUCCCUCCCUUCCCGUGGUGCACAGUGGACAUGGGGUAUCUGUCUUUUGGUCUUAGCAACUUAUCCUGAAGAGGGCUGUUAAAGACCUGGACACUGAGCUGAUGCAGUCACUAUAGCUGUGGUCUCAGCUACCCCAUGGGGAAGUGGAAUUUCUCUUUUGGAGAAGGUUUUCAUCGCAUUGACUCAGAAUGGCUGGGGUUACCAUUGCUGUGAUGAAAUACUACGGCCAAAGCAACUCGUAGAGGAAAGGGUUUAUUUGGAUUAAGCUCCUAUAUCACUGUUCAUCAUCAAAGAGGAUCGGGACAGGAACUCAAACAUGGCAGGAACGUAGAGGCAGGAGCCGAUGUGGAGCCACAGAUGGGUGCUGCUUACUGGCUUGCUCCUCAUGGCUUGCUCAGCCUGCUUUCUUAUAGAACCCAGGACCACCAGCUCAGGGACAGCAUUGGCCACAGUAGACUGGGCCCUUUACACCUAGUAACUAUUUAAGAAAAUGCCUACAGUACAAUGUCACGGAGGGAUUUUCUCAGUUGAGCCUUCCUCUCUGAUGACUCUAAUGUGUGUCAAUGUGACAUAAAACUAGCCAGAGCAGAUUUAAACUCAAUUCAGGUUUUUUUUUUUUUUUUCAGAGCUGAGGACCGAACCCAGGGCCUUGUGCUUCCUAGGCAAGUGCUCUACCACUGAGCUAAAUCCCCAACCCUUCAAUUCAGUUUUUAAAAACUAUUGAGAUGUGCUAAAGUCAGAUCCAGACUUGAAAAUUAAGCAGCACCAGGGCUAUGGCCAUGGCCCCUCACUAGAGAAGACAGCCUCUAACUACACUUAAACACUGUCAAAGUAAACUUCAGCCUCAAUGCUAUAGCCUCCAAUGAUGUGGCAGUGACUGAAGCCAUAGGCCACUGCCCUAUGCAAAACAAGUGACCUGUGAUGUGCCUUGUUUUCUGGACCUCUUUACAGAGGAAUCCAUUAAAUUCCUCUACAACAUCUUGGCUCUGAUACUAUUUUAAAUAUUUAACGUGACUUGAUGGGGCUGGCAAGAUGGCUUAGCAGGUAGAGGUGCUUGCUGCUAAGCCUGGUGACUGAGUUCGAUCUCCAGGACUCACAUAGUAAAAGGAGAGGUUUGACUCCUAAAGGUUGUCCACUCUCCUUCCACACUUGUGCACAGUGGCAUGUGUGUGCCCACAGACAAUGACACUCUCUCUCUCUCUCUCUCUCUCACACACACACACACACACACACACACACACACACACACACACCCCUCAAUAAAUAAAAUAUGCAGUCUUUCACUGUGACCUUAGAAUUUCCAGAAGCUCUUCUGAAGGCUUGAAGAAUUCAUAACCUUAAGUACUCCCUAUUAAUGAUUAAUAUUGUUUCUAAGCUCACUCCCUCGUUCAUGUUUUGAUUAGAAGCUUGUCUUACUUUUAAGUCAAGCCUGAUUUGCAGUAAAAUAUGACGCUGCUCCCUCUCCUCUGCAGGCCUGUGUCUCUCUGCUUCUUAAUCAUUUAAAACACUGCCAAACAAGCACACGUUUUCUCAAACAAAGAACAAAUCAUUACGCACAAAGGCCUAGGGCCAGAGAACAGAGUCUCGAGUGUGUUAGCAUAUUUAAUCAUCCCAUUUCAGGAGGAUAAUCCGUUUCAGCUCUCUUAGCCGUGCUCACUUGCUCGCAUUAUUCCUCUCCCUUCAAAGUGCAACUUGACAACUAUUUUUCUUCACAACAAGGCUUCGGGAAUGACUCCCACUCUGGCUGACUUCUCUGCUUUUGGGAUUGCUUCUGUGUGCCACAACUUUCCCAGUUGGCAACGUAUAUGAGAAGGAAAUUUAUAGUUCGUCCCAGGAGAAUCAUCUCAUAGAGAUGGCUGAUGGGGAGAAAGAGCCACCCAUGUUUUCAGUGGGGCUUGAACCCAGAGCCUCCUGUGUGCUAGCCAAGAGUUCCACCAGUGAGUUACCUCCCCAACUCCUGCUGCUUUAAGACUGGAUCUCACCAUGUAGCUCAGGCUGACUUCAAACACUGGAUCUGGUUGCUGCAGCCUCCCCAGCCUCUGGAGGCCUGAGAUUUCAGGUGUGUGUCACCUUGCCCGCUGGCUCCUCCUUCCUCUCUCCAUCAUGCUCCUCCCUAUACUCCUCCUCCUCCUCCUCUUCCUCCUCCUCCUUUUUCUUAGGCAAUGUCUAUAGUUUCUCUUCACUCCUGUAAAAAUCUUUAGUUCAUUAAGAGAUUCUGAGAGAGCCAAGAACAUGACCAGUACAUAGUAUAUGAAAAAUUUGAAUAAUGAUAAAUUUGGGGAAGAGACUAGGGCUCUAGCAAUGAAGAUUUAGAGGCGGAAUGUACAGGACUACCUGAGGUCCUGGACUAGCACCUAGGCAGAAGGCACACUGGAAAAAUUAGAAACUAAAAUUGUAGUUGUUUUACAAGUAACAGAAACCACUUUCUCCUUAUAUGGUGGCUCAUUAGUUCAUGGAGUAGUAUACACACAGGCAUAGAAGCACAUUCAUAGGCAGACACACACACACACACACACACACACACACACACACACACACACAGAGAGAGAGAGAGAUCAGGGAUAGACAGAACUGCUGUGGCAGUGACAUACAAUUGUCAAUUGUUUGGGACUUCAUUCCUUCGAGUUUCCCCUGCUUACUCUGUGGCUUCCAUUCUCAUCAUAUCAGAGUUCAAGGUUGUUCCUAGAGCACUGGCCAUUACAUUUGCACUUUGACAGCAUUGGGGUUGAGAGGGUACUUUUCCCAAAGAGCUCCUUUUAGUAGACUCAGAAAUCACAUAGAACAUGCCUACUAGGCAGGACCUAGACCCAGUCCCACGUCCUCCCUAGCUGAAGGAGAGUCUGAGAAAGCAGCUAGCAGCAUCCAAAGAGACUGAGAUGAAGCCAAUGACAAUCGGGUGUGUUCACUGUGUGUCAGUGAGCAGGGCUUGCUGUUAUGUCCCUCCUCUUCAUGCAUGGUGCAGCACAGAUGCAAAAGGUCUUUGUCACUGUCCUAGGGGACAGCAGGAACAUGAGUUCAAACCUUAUAGGAAUGGGUUUGGAAUAAACACCAGGCAGGGCGAAGUGGAACAAGAAAGCUUGGAUUUUGUAAGUGUGCCCAGCCUAUGGAUUUACUAUGAUAACCACAGUGAUAGGCUGGAUUCAACUUCAGUUAAAUCAUUUAUUGCUGAGCAUGGUGACACAUCUUUAAUCCUAGCAUUGGCAAGGCAGAGGCAGGAAGAUCUCUGAGUUAGAGACUAGCAUCAUCUACAGAUCAAGUUCCAGGACAGCCAGGGCUACACAGAGAAACCCUGUCUUAAAACAGAACAAACCAAAGCAAAGCACACUUUUGUUUUUAGUUUAGCCACAUGGCUCAGUUUUUCAUUUUCAUUGUAAAAACCCACGAGAGAAGACCUGAAAGGUGCUUUUUAAACCGAUCCUAUUUGUUGUGUACAGCGCUGUAUUUUCUUAGGCAUCCCAUAAAUGUCUAUUAAAUGAAUAACUGGUGUAGUUAGGAGGCUUUGUCCCCCAUGUUAUCACACUGCUGGACUAGUUAGAAAUAGAGACUGGUUAAAUGCUUAAGAGAAAGGGCAAUUUAUUGGCUCUUAAAAAAUCGUGUAUUCCAUUGCCUAUUGUCAUGGUUUCAUCAAAGAUUUUCCUUUAAGUAAAUGGUGGACUUUCCUCACUCACCUUCUAGUACCCCUUUCUUUCUCCAGCCUCCUAUAAAUUUCCCUAAAUAUCUCCACCUCUGUCUGUCUAUUUGUCUGUCUACCAUCUCUCUGUACACUAGAUUUCAGACGCCCACUCUAAUUCUGACCACGCAGGAUUCUGCUCUCCUCCGCUCACUUCAGAGUCAGGCUGCCAGAUGACUUAGUCCGUUUCUUUGGGCACCAGAAACUCUAUCUUCCCAUCACACCCGUCUUCCUAGUGUUAAGUUCUGCUUGGUUUGCCUUUCCUGUUUCUGUCUGCCUGUAAAUCUCUCCCUGGUUGACAUUGUUCACUGUGCACAUGACAUGUACUCUGCUAGGAGUCCUGAUUCAGGCUUUUCAUUAUUUAUCACUUCCUUAUGACACCAGGCCCAUCCCUUGACUGACAGCAUCUCAGGCCCACAGCUCUCCCCAGGAUGCCUCGGAGAUUCCAGACGGCUCUCUUUCUGUGCUUCUGGUCUUCCAAUACAGAUGUUGUACAUAUUUUCUCUGAUUUUUAUCUAGUAGCCUGAUAAGAAGUUCUUAUUGUUGUAGAGGUGAUAUUUUAAAGUCUACUAAGCAUUGCUUAUAAACAGUAGUGUUUAUAAUACUUUCCAUAAAGGAUCAGAAGGUAUAUCUCUCUGUCAUCUUUCUUUCUCUACCAUUUAUAUAUCAAUCUAUUACUUACCUACCUACCUACCCAUCCAUCCAUCAUCUGUCCAUCCGUCCAUUCAUUCACCCAUGAAUGUGUGUAUGUAUGAAUGUAUGUGUGUAUGUAUGUAUGUAUGUGCCUACUGGUCACCAAAUCCAAAUCAAUAAAUAAUAAAUCAGUCAUCUAUCCAUCAUCUAUUUUUCUUCAGUGGUGGAUAUUUAACCACUCUAUCACUGAAGAAUAUUCCUAACCGAAAGCAAACAUGCGCACACGCGCGCGCGUGCACACACACACACACACACACACGCACACAGACAUACCACACAUGCACACACACAAACACGCAUGCACACACACGCACACACACAUACACACACCCACACACAUGCACACACACACGCACACACACACGCACGCACACACACUCACAUACACACACACACUCACACACACACACACACACUCACACACACACACCCCAGUCAGGAUGACAGUGAUGAUAUAGCCUCUGUUGCAGCUCUCCAGCUUUGCUGUUGCAGGGCAAAACAGAUACAGACCAUUGUUAAACAAAUGGACAUAGCUGUACUUCAGUAAAACUUUAUGCAACAAAGAGCAGGUCAGCUUUAACUGGUUCUGGCCAGUACUGAGGGCUUGUCUGUGAGAGGAAGAUUUGAGUUUGAGCACAUUAAACUUACACUUCAAGGGAGUUGUUUUUCCCUCUCUCAUUUGUAAUAUUUUUUUUCUCGUUAAUUCAGAAAACUUGAAAUUUUCAGAUACGCAAAUUGCACCUGCGGGCAAGUACUCCCUACCUCUCGCUUCUCAGCUCCGUGAGUCUUGCCCUUGGUGAGUAACUGCUGAGGCCAGUGCUGUAGGAAUUCUGACAGGACUCUUCCACCCUGAUUCUUAAUUGCCUAACUUCUUGGCUUCACUCUCGCACUUUGUAGCUCACUCCCUGCUCAUCGUCCAUCCUCCUUGGCCUGUGUUUGGAACUGAGUUCACUUUUCCUCCUUGUGAAGGUUAGCACUGAGGUUAAUUAAAGUUAACUAAAGUUAAGUCCACAUGGCAGAAUCUAGACUUAACCAGGAGAUGGGCCUCUGGGAAGCCUGGGGCUCCUCUUCCUGUUAAUCGAGGUGGGCAGGUAGGCCCAUUACGGGCAUGGCUUCCCAUGGACCGUGCUGCUUCCAGCUCCUGCCUCCCUACCUCAUUUUUAUCUUUAGAACAAAAAUUAUUUGUGUAAGUAAAUGCUUCCUUACUGUGAUAGAAUAUUUCAUACUGCAUACUACAAAGGCACGGUUUAACUGAGGCUGUCUUCUGUGACGCAUCCCCUUAGAGUCUUCCACCUCUAACAUCGACCUAUCACCCUUCUGCUUCCUUCCUACCACCCCAAGUCUCCAGCAGCAAGCACCAUGGUCGACCUUCAGGUUAAAUUUUUUCAAAAGAAGGUAUUGGUUGGGAAGUCAACAACCAAGGUCAGUAUUUGCUCACCUGCCUCCCUGUCCUCCUGUGGUUAGCAGCAGUGGCACGUGCUCCUGCACUAAAGUGUCCCUCUGUUUCCUGCCCCACCCCAAGCAGAGCACCUGCUGUCCCCACUAUUGUUUAACAUAGGUAAGCAAGUGAGGUUGAUGAUAAAAGAAGUUAACAAAAUUGUUACUCUGUAUCACAGGAACAUAGACCCAGGUAAGUAGAUGAUGAGGAGAAGACCAGUUAAGAUUACUGCAGUGAAAUCAAAACAACCCUGAGAUUUCACCUCACACCAGUGAGAAUGGCUAAGAUCAAAAACUCAGGUGACAGCAAAUGCUGGCGAGGAUGCGGAGAAAGAGGAACACUCCUCCAUUGUUGGUGGGAUUGCAGACUGGUACAACCAUUCUGGAAAUCAGUCUGGAGGUUCCUCAGAAAAUUGGACAUUGAACUGCCUGAGGAUCCAGCUAUACCUCUCUUGGGCAUAUACCCAAAAGAUGCCUCAACAUAUAAAAGAGACACGUGCUCCACUAUAUUCAUCGCAGCCUUAUUUAUAAUAGCCAGAAGCUGGAAAGAACCCAGAUGCCCUUCAACAGAGGAAUGGAUACAGAAAAUGUGGUACAUCUACACAAUGGAAUAUUACUCAGCUAUCAAAAACAAUGACUUUAUGAAAUUCGUAGGCAAAUGGUUGGUACUGGAAAAUAUCAUCCUGAGUGAGGUAACCCAAUCACAGAAAAACACACACGGUAUGCACUCAUUGAUAAGUGGCUAUUAGCCCAAAUGCUUGAAUUACCCUAGAUGCCUAGAACAAAUGAAACUCAAGACAGAUGAUCAAAAUGUGAAUGCUUCACUCCUUCUUUGAAAGGGGAACAAGAAUACCCUUGGCAGGGAAUAGAGAGGCAAAGAUUAAAACAGACACAGAAGGAACACCCAUUCAGAGCCUGCCCCACAUGUGGCCCAUACAUAUACAGCCAUCCAAUUAGACAAGAUGGAUGAAGCAAAGAAGUGCAGGCCGACAGGAGCCGGAUGUAGAUCUCUCCUGAGAGACACAGCCAGAAUACAGCAAACACAGAGGCGAAUGCCAGCAGCAAACCACUGAACUGAGAACAGGACCCCCGUUGAAGGAAUCAGAGAAAGAACUGGAAGAGCUUGAAGGGGCUCGAGACCCCUUAUGAACAACAAUGCCAAGCAACCAGAGCUUCCAGGGACUAAGCCACUACCUAAAGACUAUACAUGGACUGACCCUGGACUCUGACCUCAUAGG